AAAUCCCAGCAAAUUUGUCAAAAAAGGAAACUAAAUCUGAAUAAUAAUAACACGACAUAAUAAAACCAAAUCAAAGGACCUUGGUCCUUUUGUUUUCUUCUUUCUUCAAUUCUUGUCUCCCUUCUCUUCUCUGUUGCCUCCUUCAUCUUCUUCUCUUACAGGGGUAAAGGAAAUGCAAGUUUGAUUUCGUGUUACAAUAGUCCGAAAAGGGAAAAAGUUAGGUUUUUUUCAUUUUUUAAUUUUUUUAUUGUGGCAAUGGAGGAACCCAGCCAACUGAAUCGUGCCAUCAUUGAUUCUUCUGCUGGGGCAAUUUCUGGUGGAAUUUCUCGUACUGUAACAUCACCUCUUGAUGUUAUUAAGAUUAGAUUUCAGGUUCAACUUGAACCAACAUCUUCAUGGGCUUUACUGCAAAAAGAUUUGGUCUCCUCCGCGCCAUCGAAAUAUACUGGUAUGCUUCAAGCUACCAAAGAUAUUCUUAGAGAAGAAGGUUUAAAGGGAUUUUGGCGAGGCAAUGUACCGGCGUUGCUCAUGGUUAUGCCAUAUACAGCCAUUCAAUUUACAGUUUUACACAAGUUGAAGACUUUUGCAUCUGGUUCUUCUAAGUCAGAGAAUCACACUAAUUUGAGCCCUUAUCUAUCCUAUGUCAGUGGUGCGCUAGCCGGGUGUGCAGCUACUGUUGGUUCAUAUCCUUUUGAUCUUCUCAGAACCAUAUUAGCUUCUCAAGGCGAGCCAAAGGUAUAUCCUAACAUGAGGUCAGCAUUCGUCGAUAUCAUCCAGACUCGAGGAUUUCAAGGCAUGUAUGCUGGAUUGUCUCCAACUCUAGUUGAGAUUAUACCUUAUGCAGGACUACAAUUUGGAACCUAUGAUACAUUUAAGCGUUGGGCCUCGGCUUGGAACCAUAAUAGAUUUUCCAAUACCACCGGAGAAGAUAAUAUUUCUAGUUUUCAGCUUUUCAUUUGUGGAUUGGCGGCUGGAACAUGUGCCAAACUUGUUUGUCAUCCUCUUGAUGUUGUCAAGAAAAGGUUUCAGAUCGAAGGACUUCAAAGGCAUCCCAGAUACGGAGCUCGAGUUGAGCAUCGAGCAUACAGUAAUAUGUACGAUGCCGUGCAACGGAUAUUUCGGUCAGAGGGUUGGGCUGGACUAUACAAGGGGAUAAUUCCAUCAACUAUUAAAGCUGCACCUGCCGGUGCAGUGACAUUUGUAGCAUAUGAAACAGUGUCAGAUUGGCUAGAGUCCUUGAAUUGAUAUUAUUUUUCCUCAUUUCGAUGAUUUUUUAAAUAUUCUUUUUUGAAAUAGAAAUUGAUUUCUUCAUAGGGUAGGAAGAAAACAUGAGGAACAUGCUAAAUUUAUUUUGAUUAGUGGUAGUUGAUAAGAUUGUACUUCCUUAAGAUGGAAGACGGUCAAGAAUGUUGAGAUUUAUUUUACCUUUUGAUUCAUGGAUUUUGAAUGGUGCAUUUGCUCGUUUUUAGGUGUUUGUUUUGUAUUUAUUGUGAUAUUGAUUUCCAACCUUGUCAAAAUCAAAAUGAUGUAAAUCCCACGUCUUUCUACUU